AUGUGUACAGGUCUCUGCCGACGGCGCCGCUGGCCGGAACCUCUCUACGAAUCAUACAGCGGCGCUACCGGGUAUACGUGCAUUGUCCGAGUCAACAACCGCGAGUACCAGACGGACGCCGUCUAUGAAUCGGACACCCUGGCUCGGGAAAAUGCAGCGAUGCGGGCCUACCUGAUUUGCCGCAACUUCUCCGUCAACGACGGCAUGUACCCUGCCGGGCACGACCACGGCGGUGUCAUCCAGGGCAUUCCGGUCGCCAUUGGCACCGGACGCAAAGUCCGGUACGAGGUGGACGACACGGACACCUCGACCAGUGGCGAGAGCCGAAGUAGUGGCGGCGGCAGCAGCAGCCCGGAGAGCUAUGGAGGGGACCGGAUCGAUUGCGACCGGCAAUCAGCGAUGGGCCCGUCUCGAGCGUUGGCGUUUAGUCGAAUGGAUUGGACGGAACUUGUCUGCGGGUGGGAUCACACAGGAACCACCCCGGAUGGGAUGAAUUUAGGUGUGCAGAAGUGCAGCCCUCACCGCAACAUGCGGUCAAUACUAGGUCGGAUUCCGCCCAUUCCCUCUCGUCAACGACUACAACAAUGGGGGAGUAGUAGUCGCCCCGAGUCCGGCUUCCCUGCUGCGCCGUCAAUAGUACUUUCUAUGGUACAAGCGGGCCCAGGGCGGCGGCGGCGACAGUUCCAGACCGCAGCAGCGCCGCCGGCGCACUACAACUACAGCACGAGCACGAGCACGAGGACUGUUGCACGGGGUGCUCCGACGGCGGGGCAAACCCGGUGGUUCAGCAGCAUCAAUGCGCGUCCACAAUCCAAGGGUCCGAGGCAAGAAUUGGAGCGGUUAGAGAUCAAGGAUGCGAAGCCGGAGGAGGACGAGGAAGGGGUCUGUUCGUCCAAGGCCCAGAAGGGGGAGGACAAACUUGGGCAGGCGAUGACAAAGGGUAAACUGUUGACUACGCCGUCACGAUUGUUCAAGCUGCUUCUCCCGUUGUCGACCAAAUACCACCGUGACCAUAAGGACAUCGAACCCAUCGCUUUUCUCAUCCACCCUCAGCAACCGCUUUCGCACCUGGAACGCCUCAUUCAAGCCGAGAUCCCGCCCAUCAAGACGAAGGACGGGCAAGCCCGGGCCCCGUCCGUCUCCUUCAUCGCGCUCCAACUCGAGGACAACCCGAUCCGGCCGCGGAAAGCGCUCUACGAGGGCACCGAGGCAGAGGUGCGCAAGUUGGAGGAACUCGGACAGGUCAAAGAGGAGAAGCAGCCCUCGGGCGACGACACGUACACGUACCUGCGACGCAGCGAGCCCGGCGGCGGUAAGAAGUCCAUGGAACAUCGCUUUGUGCGGUGGUCGCAAUCCACCGAGGUGGGCGACUUCAUCCGCGACGCCGCCCGCGCGCGGGAGUUUAUCGUCUCGGUCGAAGGCGCGCCGGCGGGCCAGCACCAGAUCCACGUGGCGGUGCCCUCGUUCAACGAGCGCACGCACUUCCUGCGCAUGCGGCUGCGGAAGAUCUCCGACCGGAUCAAGAACAUCGCGGACAUCAAGCAUGAAUGUGACGCCUUGGCGCACCGCGGGGCGCAGCGCGUGGCCAUGGGCGGGUUCGGCGUGCUGGCGUUCUGGUGGUGCCUGGUGUACAAACUCACCUUCGAGACCGACCUGGGCUGGGAUACGAUGGAGCCCGUCACCUACCUGGUCAGUUUGUCGACCCUGAUGGGUGGCUAUCUGUGGUUCCUCUAUCACAACCGGGAAAUCUCGUACCGGUCGGCCCUCGACUUCACCAUCAAUGCGCGUCAGAAGAAGCUCUACGAGAGGAAAGGGGUGGAUUUGCGGCUGUGGGAAUCGCUGAUCGACGAGGGCAAUUCGCUCCGCAAGGAGAUCAAGUCCAUUGCUGCCGAGUACGACGAGGACUGGGACGAGCUGAAAGACGAGCGUGACCAGCGCGUGACGGAAGCUUUGAAACAGGAGCGCGCGCAGAAGAACGGCUCUCGACAGAAUGACAAUGAUGCAGAGGAUUAA